GAAGAAAAAGAACCAUCAGUAACACUCUUUGAGUUCCGCCGCGACUUCGUUCUCCUCCAUCUCUAUGUGAAAGUUGCUUCAAAUCCAAGAUUUUCAUCACAGAUUGACUCUGCUGCUUCCUCUCCUCUCAGACACAUUCCAAACGCUUCAGAACUAAAUAUUCUGUCUGUCUUUCGAUGGAAGCUCAGCGUCUGCUUUCUGGGUUCUGCUCACCCUCGCCGAUUCCAAACGCCAGAACCCAAUACUUCGUCAGAUUUCCCUCCCCUUCUCCUUCUCCUUCUUCUUCUUCUUCUUCCUCCACCGCUUCUUUUGCUCAAUCCCACAGGUGGGUCUCCUUCAAAGCUCGCCCUUUGUCUACCAAGCUAAUACAGUGCAGGAACACCGCGGACACAGAGAGAGCUGAGGUGGUGGUUUCUUCGGAUAAACAAGAUUUGACAAGUGGCAUUCGACGGAAAAAGCUUGCCGUUUUUGUUUCCGGCGGGGGCUCCAACUUCCGUUCGAUCCAUGAAGCGUGUCUUAACGGUUUCAUUCUCGGAGACGUUGUCGUUUUGGUCGCAAGUAAACAAGGUUGUGGAGGCGCCGACUAUGCAAGAGAAAAGGGCCUCCCAAUUAUGGUGUUCCCAAAAACUAAACUUGAGCCUGACGGAAUAUCUCCAGCUGACCUUGUUGCUAACCUUAGGGGAUUAGAGGUUGACUUUGUUCUCCUGGCUGGUUACUUGAAACUUAUACCGGUUGAGUUGAUAGAAGCUUAUCCCAGAUCCAUACUGAACAUCCAUCCCUCACUUCUUCCAGCAUUUGGAGGCAAAGGUCAUUACGGUAUGAAGGUCCACAAGGCAGUCAUUGCUUCUGGGGCAAGAUACACAGGCCCUACAAUACAUUUUGUCGAUGAGCACUAUGAUACAGGACGUAUCCUUGCCCAAAGAGUUGUCCCUGUGCUUGCUAAGGACACUGCCGAGGAGCUGGCAGCAAGGGUUCUUCGGGAGGAGCACUCCUUGUACGUGGAAGCGAUAACAGCAGUAUGUGAAGAACGGAUAGUAUGGAGGGAGGAUGGUGUUCCUAUUAUCCGGAGCAAAGAAAAUCCCAACGAAUACAGCUAGCAGAACCGAAAGUUUUCAUUUUUGAAGAGACUUUGUCCCGGUUAUAUACACUACCUGUUACUUGGAUGCGCACAUUGCAUAUACUUAAAAAAAGAUGGGAAGGUAGCAGAAAAAAGAGCUCAGCUCAACCUGUAGCGUGAGUCGUAUAUAUCCUUUUUCUUCACUGCAUUAUCUGUACAAUGGCUAAAUAGCCUAUGGCAAAAGUGAGGCUGUUUGCUUUGAGAGUUGUAACUGCGUUGGGCCAAAUAGUACCCAAAUACAGCAGUAGGGUACUCUUGUUCUUUUUUCAAUGUCUACACAUCUCGUACCCUAGUUUUUCUCGAC